AGGAGGGAGAGCGGGGAAGGAGGGAGGGAAAAGCAGCUCCAACUGUUUCUAACCAGCCAGCCAGCAGCUGCUGUCGCUGUCUUGUGGUUAACGAAGAUUUGCUUGCACAUAAUUUCUUCUCUACUUGAGGAGGCUGCUCUACCCUGAAAUUGCUGGAAACUGCUGUCUUUGGGUCACGUUUGAUCAUGAGAAGAAAACAUUUUUAAGGAUUUUUGAAGCUGCAGGCACUGUUACUGUUCCAGUGAGGUGAUGGAUUGAAGAUUAAACAUGUAUGGGGAUCAUCCACACUUCAUGAAGUUUCACACAGACUUUGUGAGUUUUCUAAUUCAUCCCAGGUCUGUACCUGGAAAUCUGUCACCAAAUGGGAACUCUGUUAUAAACAGCAAAUCCAACCAGCUGGAAGCAUCUCUUGAUGCAUCAGAAAUUCUGUCCAUCCCCAUGAGCUCCAUAGGGUCUGGCAGUACAACAGGCUGUCCGCUUAGGAGAAUCACGAGCCCUGUUGCGUCCCAUGCUGUUCCUUUGACUUCUCCACCAGACAUGAGUUUUGCUGUGCAUACCAGCCCACAGUCCAGUAUCAUGAACAGCGCUGGAACCUCUGACGAUACCAAGCCUUUGCCAAAUUUCCAACGGAUGGGAGCGAUGAAUUAUUCAUCCCCAAGUCCAGGAUCCCUCACAAAGCAUGUCUGCGCAAUUUGUGGAGACAGAUCGUCAGGGAAGCACUAUGGGGUGUACAGUUGUGAAGGCUGCAAAGGAUUCUUUAAGCGGACAGUAAGAAAGGAUCUUGUCUACACAUGUCGAGAUAAUAAAGACUGUCUGAUCGACAAGCGUCAGCGAAACCGUUGCCAGUAUUGCCGUUAUCAGAAAUGUCUAGCAACAGGCAUGAAAAGAGAAGCGGUUCAAGAAGAGAGGCAGAGAAGCAGAGAGCGGAGUGAGAAUGAAGUGGAAUCUACAAGCAGCAAUGGUGGGAGUCUUGAAGAUAUGCCUGUAGAAAGGAUUCUAGAAGCUGAAAUGGCAGUUGAACCAAAGUCUGAAUCAUAUAGUGAUGUGAGUGCAGAAACUUCGCCAUAUAGGGGUCUUAAUGGAGUGUUACAGUCCAUAUGCAGUAGCUCAAAGACCAAUGAUCCUGUCACCAAUAUUUGCCAUGCAGCUGAUAAACAACUCUUCACAUUGGUUGAAUGGGCCAAGCGGAUUCCGCACUUCUCAGACCUGACAUUAGAAGACCAAGUUAUCCUCCUCCGAGCAGGUUGGAAUGAACUGCUGAUUGCCUCUUUUUCCCAUCGCUCUGUUUCUGUACAGGAUGGUAUCUUACUGGCCACCGGCUUACAUGUGCAUCGGAGCAGUGCACACAGCGCUGGAGUGGGCUCCAUAUUUGACAGAGUUCUUACUGAGUUGGUAUCCAAAAUGAAAGACAUGCAGAUGGAUAAGUCUGAACUGGGGUGUUUGCGAGCCAUUGUCUUGUUCAAUCCAGAUGCCAAAGGCCUGUCCAGUCCUGCAGAGGUAGAAUUGCUACGUGAGAAAGUUUAUGCUACUCUGGAGGCAUACACAAAACAGAAGUAUCCUGAGCAACCUGGAAGAUUUGCUAAACUACUUCUCAGGCUGCCUGCAUUGCGAUCUAUUGGUCUGAAAUGCCUGGAACAUCUCUUCUUCUUCAAGCUAAUAGGUGAUACCCCUAUUGACACCUUUCUUAUGGAGAUGUUAGAGACACCUCUGCAAAUCACCUAAUGAGGACAGAAUGCUAACAAGAAAGCACAAAUGACACCACUGAAGAGGUUUUGUUCCUGAUCUGCCGGCUUUCACCCAUUCCAUUCUCCUGAAUGUCUGUAUGGAAUGACUUUCAGAAAGGAAUAGGAACUCCUAUAAAUGUUUAGCUUUUAAAAAAAUGGAAUGUUGUUCAUAUGCAAACUUUUAAAUAGCAGCUAGGAGGAACAGGGCAUCUUGCAGUUCAUCAAAAAUUAUUUGUAGCUCAUCAAAAAAAAACUUGUAUGAAUGAUUGAGUUUAAAUUAUUUUUUCACUUCCCAAAAGAUGAGAAAUAAAAUAAUAUAUGAGUAAUUA